UGAAUACCCCUUUAGUAUUUUAUCGUGUAAGGUACUAAAGUUGAUAUGUGCCUACACCUAGACUCAUAAAAUUAAUUUGUUAGAAUGUUACUAGAAAAAGAAUGCUAAUGAUACUGGCUAUUAAAAGAUCAUUGUAAAAUGUAUUUCUUCCCACGUCAUUUCAUUACCACGUUGGGAUGAACGUGCGCGCUCCUGUUGACAUCCGUUUGCUUACGUAACGACGCUCGGUUUACGUUUGGACAAAUUGUUUGGACUGGAAAUGGACGAAUUGACGUUGGAGCCUCAAAGCCGGGGCAAGAAUUUCAAAACAAGGCUAAACUGCUGCUACAAGGGAACGUCUCGUUACAACGGUUCACAUAGAAGGAGCUGGUGUUAGCGUUCUGUAGUUCGAGAAGCUUGGUGUGUGUGUGUGUGUGUGAGAGAGAGAGAAAGAGAGACAUAAAGAGAGAAGAGAGCGAGAGAGACAGAAAGAGAGACGUGAAGAGAGAGAGAGAGAGAGAGAGUGUGUGUGUGUGUGUGUGAAUGACGAACAGAUUUCCAGCCUGUCAGAACGCGACGCUCGUUGUUCAAACGGUUAUGAGCAGCUUUACGAACAAGUCGCCCUUCAUUAGUCCACCGGAGAGUCCUGAGAACGGAGAUACCGCCGUAGGGAGCACAAACUGGGCCCUCCUCGGUAAUGACAGGUUUCCGUGCUCCUGCGAUGAAUCCCUGGCGGUGCAGUCGGAUGUGGAGAGACACCUGGGGCUGCUCCAUACCCGGCAGGACGCCAUGGCGCUGCACUUGGACCAGUCUUACCGGAGCGGUGCCGACUCCUACCUCCACGGCUCUCAGCUGGACUACAGCGAGAACAACGGAAACACGAGUCCGCUGGAGAGCAGGAGAAAAUACCGCCCCGGUGCUCCCAGACCGCGCUUUGAGGUCGUGGAAGAACUUGGGCCCGAGGAAGUACGCUGGUUUUAUAAGGAAGACAAAAAGACGUGGAAACCUUUCGUCGGGCACGACUCCCUGAGAAUCGAGCUCAUGUACCGCACAUUGUGUCAACCGAGUCCGGGCCAGGACAUCAGCCCAGGCCUAACGGUACCGGAUGUACAGGAUCAGUGUGAGUGUGCGGCAGCUGUGGCGUCGGUACAGAGCUCCGAACAGCUGGAGAACACCGACCUGGACAUCAGCAUUGAAGCAGUGUGUGUCAGAGGAGGACUCUAUGAGGUGGAUGUCAGAGAGAAAGAGUGCUAUCCUGUUUACUGGAAUCAGCAGGACCGCAUCCCUGUGAUGAGGGGACAGUGGUUUGUAGAUGGCACGUGGACACCUAUGGAGGAGGAUGAGAGCGACCUCCUGGAGAAGGAGCACCUGGUGUGCUUCCGGGGACAACAGAUGCAGGACACUUUAGAAAAUGAUGCGGUGGCCAUGACUGUGGAUAGCAAAGAAGUUCUCUCCCACCUUCCUCCUUUCUACCUCCCCUUUCUGUUCAAAUGGAGCGGAUAUCAGACGAGUACUAAAAGCCUCAAGCGAAAGCGUUGCCAAGCCAUCCACAGCCUAAAGCUGAGUCGCAGCCAUGUUGACUGGCAGGGUGUUGAAGAGGUGUAUCUGUACAGUGACGCCACCACCUCCAAGAUCGCCCGCACUGUCACACAGAAGCUCGGCUUCUCAAAAGCCUCAAGCAGUGGCACCAGGCUUCAUCGUGGCUAUGUGGAGGAGGCAUCUUUGGAAGAUAAGCCCCCACAGACAACCCACAUUGUCUUUGUUGUGCAUGGCAUUGGCCAGAAGAUGGACAAAGAUCGUAUUAUCAAGAACACGGGCAUGCUGCGAGAGGCGGUGCGGAAAAUGGAAGAGAAACACUUUUCCGAGCACAUUGAGGAGCAUGUGGAGUUUUUGCCAGUAGAGUGGCGCUCCAAACUGAGCCUGGAUGGAGACACAGUCGACUCCAUCACACUAGAUAAAGUGCGAGGGCUGAGAGACUUACUGAACAGCAGUGCCAUGGACAUCAUGUAUUACACCAGCCCUCUCUACAGAGAUGAGAUCACUAAAGGCUUGACCCAGGAACUCAACCGACUGUACUCACUUUUCUGCUCUCGGAACCCGGAGUUUGAGCAGAAGGGGGGCAAAGUAUCCAUCGUUUCCCACUCUCUCGGCUGUGUGAUUGCAUACGACAUCAUGACUGGCUGGGACCCGGUGCGUUUUCGCAUGCAGGAGCUACAGGAGCCUGAUGAGGAGGAGUUGCGCUGGAUGACCUACAAAGAGCGCCAUCUGUUGGAGCAGGUGCAACAUGCCAGACAAAGGUUGCAAGAACUAGAGGAACAGCUUCAGGGUUUGGAGGCUACUAAACCUCCUGCUGCUCCUGAAUUGAAGUUUAAGGUAGAGAACUACUUCUGCAUGGGCUCUCCCCUAGCAGUGUUCUUGGCAUUGCGUGGCAUUCGACCAGGGAACAGUGGAUACCAGGAUCACAUCAUGCCGAAAUCCAUCUGUCAGCGCCUUUUUAAUAUUUUCCACCCCACAGACCCAGUGGCCUAUCGACUGGAGCCCCUUGUGUUGAAACACUACAACAAUAUAGCACCUGUCCAAAUACACUGGUGUAACACCUCCAAUCCAACACCAUAUGAUGAAAUGAAACCUGUUUUCCUGAACCCAGUGAAGGAUCCCACUUCAGACACAGAGAGUCUUCCCAGCCCCAGUACAUCACCUGUGAUGUCUCGACGACCCUAUGGAGAUUCCAUCACCACACUGGGCAAGGCCAGCAUACUGGGUGCUGCCAGCAUUGGAAAAGGCAUUGGAGGAAUGUUGUUCUCCCGUUUCUCACGCUCCAGCAGUCAACCAUCAGGAGUGGAUUCUGUAGCACUGGAUGGUGAAGAGAAGAGCCAGUCGGCAUAUGGCCUGUCUACCAUGUCUCAGUCCACCUCCACCAUCAUUGAUACUGCAGUGGAGAUGGAGCACCGCAUUGACUUUGAGCUGCGGGAAGGCUUGGUUGAAAGCCGCUACUGGUCAGCAGUCACCUCACACACAGCCUACUGGAACUCUCCUGAUGUGGCCCUGUUCCUGCUGACCUUCAUAUAUAAAUCACAGAGCUCAUCUGAGACAUGCCAAGACAAUCCUGACCCUGACCCUGAGUGACCCAGAGAUAUGACCACACAAGUCCAGUCCCCACACAGAUAGAUCCAUCUUCUCUUGUAGCGAUAAUAAAACACUCAAGCACACUCCCUCCCUCCCACACUCCCUCAUUUUGACUCCUAAAAAUUCUUCUUUGUCAUACAAAGACUGAUUACCAUUUUUCCUGUUGCUUUUGCAGCAACCUUUCCCAUUAACCUAGUAACCAUCGACUCCUACUGGGAAAACUCUUUGAUACAUUGAGACAUUGAGUAUAUCUCUGGUCCUAGGAAUGUUUUGUAAGGCUUUAUUUUGGGUGCCGUUGAGGCCUUUUCAGCCAGUCCCGUUGCAUCCUCAGCAUUGUGUGCGUGUGCGUGCACUUCGCCAACCUACAUGGUUUUUGGAACUGCAUUUUUUCCAAAGCCGAAACCAGACUAAAGGGCAUACAAACAUGGACCACUAAAUCCUUUUAACGUCCAUUUCUCUAGGCUGUUCAAUCCUCAUUUGCACAAUGUUAAAAAUAUAAGUAAAUACCCAAUGCAACUCUUUAUUUAUUGACAUAGUAAUAUAUGAGGAUCUUGCAUAGCGCACUAAUUUUUUGGGGCAAUUGUUUCAAGAUUUAAAUGUUUAUUUUUACCGUAAUAUUCCUGGAGAAUACUGGACCUCUUUAACGACUAACAGACAAUAUUUGGAUUCUCAAACUGGAGAAGAGUAAACCAUUAAACAAAAUGAAUGUCCUUUUUAUACAGGAGAUAAAUAAGAAGAAGCAAUUGUUAUAUUCAAUGGAUUUUACAACCAGAUGGUGCUGUCAGGAUACAAAGUUAACAGUGCAUUUUCUUAAGCUACUAAUAUAGGUGAUUCUACUUUGCAUGGAGUUUGAGGAUGAAAUUGCUGCUGUAUUGAUUUUGUAGCCAAACCUAACAUUUUACAGUCUUACUUGAGUCAGGCCAUGUGUUGAUGAUACAUUAAACUGCUGCAUGUGUGUGUAAUCUGGUGCAUUGUUACUUUGGAGUAUUAGAACUACUGUGUAGCCUCAAAGAAAUUCUCAUUAUUUCAAACUUGUUUCAUCCACCAAAUACAGUGGAGUGGAAUUGGAUAAGCUGUAUGGGUGUUCUGUUUAAUGUAAUUACACUAGUAAUUAGGCCAAGAUAACUGGACUCACUGGACGCAUUACUUUCCAAUGUUUCUGUGCCUCAUGGUAGUGUGGUAUUCAGGCACCUUUUACAUUUAGGCCCAUAGUAAGAAAACAGAGAUUAUAUAUUUUAUAUAUAUUUAGUUAACAAUUGUGGAAUUACAGUAAUAGUCAUUGAAAAUUGUGACGUUCCAAUGAGAGGCCAAAUGUUUUAGCUAUAAAAUUCCUACUCAUAGAAAUAGUUACUUCAUGUUUAAGCUUUUAGUCUUGUGUCUUUUAAGCACUUUUGAGAUACUAGAUAUGCAAUGGGGAGAGAAUAACGGAUUAUCGAUAAGAAAAUGUAAUGGUACCAACUUUUAACAGCCAGCAUCUGCUUUGUUUUGUGUCUACAUUGUGUUUAAAAUCCCCAAAGGCCAUACUUUUCCCAUCUAUGGCAAGGGCUGUAGUAUGUUGAUUUAUUUUGUUUAUCGUUGUACACUCGCACAAGUGCAGUUAGUGUUGUUAGCCUGUGUGGAUAUUUAAAAAUGUCCAGGUUGCCUUUGAGGACCACAGAGCCAGUCUUCUGUUGGGAAGCUGACGUGGCUUUUCCCUUCGCACUGAAGGAUGAAAUAGAAUUAUUUAUGACUCACUGUUAUUGUUGGCAAUAGGAAACAGAAAUGAAUGAAGGACCAGACCUUGCACAUUACCGCAUGGCUAUAAAUGGCACAGAAAGAAAUAAAAGACCCUCUUGGUGUGCAUUUAUGUUUUGCUACUUCAUGUAUUGCGUUAUGGAAGAGAAUGCACUUUGUUCAGUUGCUAGAAUUGUGGUAACAUUAUCCGUUUAAAUUAAUCACAGGCAAAACAUGUCAGAGGUUCUAAGUCAUGGAGGGUUUGUUUCUUAGCACGAUUUUUUUUUUGUUUUUUUGUUAUUUUCUGGCAUGCCGUGCCUCAUAAUCACUGCAUGCUCCACUAAUACUAAUUACAGAUGGAAUAAUAUAAGGAAAUUUUUAUCCUCAUAAAAGCAGCACUACCUUUUCUACAUUAGUGCUGCUUCCAGAUCUUUCAGCCCAGUAAUUAACAGAUUGGCUAAUCACAUCAGAUUUAGAUAAUUCACCUAAACACUUGGCUGGGCAAAAUAAGUGAAUCUGUACUACAAUAUAUGCAGGAGGUGGGCAUUCCUUAAAUGCAUGCUCAGGUUUGAGAUUUUUUUUUUUGUGAUGUUUAGAGAUGUAAUUUCUGAUUUUGAAUAACAUGGUAUAUAAGCUACAAAUGCUAUUUUUGUAUUUGAUAACUUAUAAAUGUUUCUUAACAGGGCAUCUCACGCAAAAUUGUCAUUGGAGAUAUUCAUGACUAAUUUUACACUAUAGUACAAUAAAGGAUCCUCUUGUGUGUACUUUGUUCUGCAGCUUAAAGGCCAGUUUCUCCUAAAAAAAAAUAUUAGUUAUUUCAAAACAUGAAAAAUGUCCCAAAUGACUGUUAUUUAAAUGUACUAGAGACAUUGAGCUUGGGAAGAGAUGCUGUGCAAUAACCCAUGCCUGUAAUGGAUUCAAACUGCCAUCCGAAUAACACUGUAUUUCAGUUUAUUAAAGCUUUACUCUUCUGUUUUGGUA